UCAGUGCUGGGGGUAGAUUAAAGUGUUACUAAACCCACAACAGUAAAAUCAGUAAAGCAUUGUGCAAAAACAAUGUUUGAUCCUCCCCUUCUUCCAGUGACCCCCUCUUAUUUUCUGAUAGGACAUAUCGUGUGGAGUCACUCUGCACAUGCUCAGUUUUGUGUGUAUUGCUAGAGAGGUUUUUUUUUCCUUGGGAGGGUUCAUGUGAUCAGCACAAGGCCAAUCAGCGCUGUCCAGACAGAGGUCAGGGG